AGAGCCCCAUUCGCCCUGAGCCUGCUUUAUGUUCGUGCCAGUAGACUGCAGUGCACACGCAGCAUCAGUUUUAUUUAUUAUUAAGUGUCGUUGUGUGAGUUCUUUUUGUCCAAUUUUUAAAGCACAAUGGCGACUAUUCCUGAAAGUGUGCUGAGUUUCACAGCCGCCUUAUUGCUCAUGUGGUUUGCUGUUGGCUCCCAGGCCCAGCUCUCGUCCUCCACUCCGACCACCGCCAGCCCCUCCCUACCGCAGCAACCGCAGCAGCAGCCGCAACCUCCCCAGCAGCAGCUGCAACCCCCCCAGCUGCAGCCCCAGCCGCAGCCCCAGCUACUGCUGCCGACGCCGUACUCGCCGCAAAACUCAGUGCUCCUCCAGUGCCGGCAGACCGUGCCCUCAACGGACCUCGACGUCGUGGAGUUGCAGCGGCAAGUCCUGCCCGUGUCUCAGUCUGGCCAGUGUCUGCUGGCGUGUGCCGCUCAACGAUUGGGUUUUAUGCAGCCCAACUAUCCGCUACAACCUCAGGGCGCCGCCGCGCUCAUGGGCGCUCUCUUCCCCUCGCGUGCCUUUGACCCCGUCUUCCAGAACAGCCUGAUGCUGACCGUCAACCAGUGCCUCUCUCAGUCCCCCACACUCAGUCAACUCACGGCUGCACCCACGCUCGGGUUCAACCUCUUCAACUCUGCUGCCAGAGAGCUAAACCAGUUCAACCCAGUCAACUACGUGCCUCUGAUUGGGCGGUAGAUGGCAUGUAUUCCGUGUAAAUAAAUGUAUUUAAAAAUAACGCAAAA